GCAUAGCAGGGCUGUUCAACUGUGCGGACGCUCUAGGUAAAGCUCCUAGAGAGGUCGGGAGCAUAUUUGUUACACACGUCCUUGCAUACCUACUUGUGCGCCACUGUGAACUGUGAUCCUUUUCGAACGAGCAUAUACUUAUUUACGUGCUUGAUAAUAUUAUAUUUUUAGUGAAACCAACAGUUUAGUGCAAUACGUGUAUUAAAGUACGCAUGUGCUCGCGAAUGUUUGCCCACAUUCAGAACUGUACAGUGUGUCAACUAUCACUGAAAACAUUACAAGUUUCAUGCGCCCGAUGAAAUUCAUUCUUUUCGUUUAAAUAUUUUUCCUCUAGAAAAUCUAUUCUUUAGCGUCUAUUUAUAUGAAUGUUAUACAAGUACAUACUCGAGUACCUAUUCGGAUGGAAAGUAUGUAGGUUAUUUAAACGAUUGCCCGCAUUAUUGCGAAGAAGCUGAUAUUAUUAACGACAAAAGUACAUUUUGCUAAUGCGUAAAGAAUUAUCUUUACACGUUGGCAAACGUUACGUGCGUAGCACUGUUUAAUUAAGUUAUUUGUUCGAAAUCGAGUAUGGUAAAUGAGUGCCUUGAAAGAUCACGAUCCCGACUACGGGCCCUCCGUUGCAAAUAAUGAGAAGCAUCAACGAAUUUAUGAAGAAAACGCUAGAAGCAAUACCGCGAAGAAGAUAACAGCUAUUAUCGAAAAAGAAUUUUCUCAAGAAAUAAAUACAAAAGAGAAAGAAGUAUUAGAAAUACAAGAUAGAUUGCACAGGGCAUCGAAAGCUUUGCAUUUUUUACGGUACGUAAUAGUCGCAGACUUUUAUAAUCGCAAACAGUGUCAGAGUUCGCAAAAUGGGGAAGCGAAACAGACUCAAAUUCAUCCCGCGAUAAAAGAAUUGAUCGGUAAGUCGCCAAAGGAAUGCGACGGUUUGUUGAUUUCGACAUCGGCUACCGCAUCGAGCAGCGCGAACGAUUUCGUCGGUGCGUAUUCGUAUUCGACGUGUUCCUCGAACACGGUCGUCGAUUCGGCGUUAAAUUUGAAACGGUCUAAAAACGAAGAUGUUUGCGAAGACGAUCGCUCAAGGAAGAUAAAAGAUGAAACCGACGAACAGUCGCGGCCAAAGAAAAUACCGCGAUAUAUUCCACCGAAAUCUGGAAUUCCAGAGCCCCCCUGUCCCUCGAGAGGUAUCAGGCAUAAAACCAGGAAGCGCAUAAUCAUUGGAAAUAUUUCAAAAUGGAUACCCCCCGAAUGGAGAGAAGACGCGGCUAGUCACAAAUGGACGAUGUACGUCCGGGGGAAUAAGGAAAAUCCUGACAUCGAUAAUUUCGUCGGCAAGGUCAGGUUCUUUUUACACCCUAGCUAUAGGCCUAACGAUGUUGUGGAAGUUACAGCGCCACCGUUUUGUCUAUCGAGACGCGGUUGGGGUGAAUUCCCGUUGAGGGUACAAUUACAUUUUAAGAGUGCAUUGAACAAACCUAUGGACAUAAUUCAUCAUUUAAAGUUAGAUCGCACUUACACCGGUUUGCAGACUUUAGGAUCCGAAACUCUGGUUGACAUAUGGAUCUACGCGGAUCCUCGAAAUUCCAAACGGAACAUAGAUGGAACGGCUGUUCAGUCUGUUGUAAGUCGGAGCAACGAACCCGAAGCUGAAAUGCACGCCGAUGAUAGCGCAAGUAGGAUCAAAGGGAGAAUCAACGAACUUUCCAGUUCCGAGUUAUUCGCGAACAACAACGGUGAGAAUAAAUUAACGGAUUCGGCGAGUGAAAUUUUCGAUAUGAUCAUCGAUGAAAAGCCAGCAGAAGAGAUCGAGGAUGGUACAAUGAGUAACAAACGAUUGCGAUUUUAUGUGAAUCUUGACCACGACUACUGCGGCUCGAUGAAUUCUCUAGACGGAAACUCGACCGUCGAUCACUUAUCGGUGGCUUCAAGAUCGAACGAAGUCUCGAAAAGAAAGCUCGAGCAAAAGAAUAGCAUCAAGAUAAAAGACGAAACAAGCUUGGUCGCGCCUCUGUUCUUAAAUCAGUUCGAGGAAAACAGAACGAAAGCUCUCCCAUCUUCUUGUUCGAAGCUUCAAUUGAAUCUUUGCCCUUUAGAAAUAUCAAUUCCACCGUUAUUCGAGUCGUCGAACAAACAUGUCUUGGUUCUCCAGAAUAAUAGGACAAUACCGGUAGACAUAGCGAUUCCACGGCACGAAGAUCACUCUCAUAAACCGAGCAACGAAAAGAAAAUGACUUUAACCGCGACCCGUGGUAUCAGUUUGUUGAAGAAACCGUCGAGCUUCGGAUUGGACGGUGCUGAAACUCGACAAGGCCUCAAGCUUCAAUUUUCAAAGAGUAUUCUCCUAAACGUCAAUUCUAACGUGCCUGCGUUAAAAAUAGCCGAAAGGAAAACCGUGCAGGAGGAUCGUGUUCCUAGUGCCCAGAAGGAAUCGGCAGCCGAGGAAUGCACACCGAGAACGGAGAAUGAUAGGAUCAAGGUUGAAGAGUCGAAAGAACUACAGUCGGUCUCGGAAUCGCAACCGCAACCACGGCAGAGGAUCACCUUGGGUAAAGACAAAUACAAACUGCAGAGCAAGAAGGAAUUCUGCUACAAAGUAUUUCGCGCGAUCGAUGCCGCAAACAUUUCAAAUAUCCAAGGCCUGUUGAAAUUCAUCGUCAGACGAAUGCCCAUGAUCACUCAGGACGCUUCCGAUUCGGAUUACAAGCAGUUCCAUCCUUACGCGUGCGUUACCGACAAAGAAUUCUUCGAAUAUAGCAUCGCGAAACGAACCGCCUGUGAAUGGAGUCGAGCAAAGAUUAUACGAUCCAUGUUGAAGAACAAGUCAUUGCCGGAGAAAGAAUUAUGGACUGUCAAAGAAAUAUUAAUCUGGACGCGACUCCACGGUUACACGCCUUUUCGUUCGGGCUUGUUCGCUCGAGACGCGAAGCGACCGAAGAAUCUAUCCGAUUCCGCCACCGUCGCUACCAAAACUACAUUCACAUGCUCGGAACCUGAUGCUUUCUGCAAAUGGCUUCAAAUAUAUCCGAGCCGUUCGCCCAAUCACUGGUUCGACGCUAAUCUGCAACAGUUUAAUGAGCACGAUGUCGAGGUGGAUAUCAUGAACGAUAAUAAAACAACAGUGGAAAUUAGAGAAGAAGUUGAAACGAGUGUAGCAAAGCAGGCGAACAGUAACAACCUUUCGAAUACUAAAGUUGCUGUAUUAGAAAUGGAAGCGAAAUCAACCUCAUUUUACGAUUUCGUAUGCGAAACGGCAAGAGAAAUAGGCGUGAAAUUGAAUCCUGAAGAAAUUCUACCUCAAGUGGUAUACUGCGCAGCUGGUAGAAUGAUAAUGAGAGCUAUCGAAUGUCUCGUGGAUGACUUGAUCAGAAUGUCUUUGGCAAAAGCUUGGGAAAGAUGCGAUAACGGAUAUCCGAAGGUUAUAGUUUUGGACGACGUGCGAGGAGCCCUUCUAAAUCGCGAAGAAUUCGAUAUUUUUACCAAUCAAGGAUUAGGAUCAAAGUAUCAACGGACAUCAACGGAUUAAUUAAAAAAACACUUUGAUAAUACGCUCCAGUAUAUCCUUCUGAAAACGAUAGUCUCAUGUACAAAUUUUUUAAUUUGAAUAAAGUAUACAAAGUUUUGUACA